UUUCCAGGCUGUAUAGUCGGAGGUUUUCUCGUGGAUAGAUUUAGUAGUUACAGUCAUUUUACCUUAGCAAUGGCUUUAAACUUAGCAGCGGUUUCUGUUGUAUUAAUACCAUGGGUUCCUAACGUUUAUUAUCUAUGGAUCCUCAGUUUCAUGACUGGAUUUGGUCUUGCUAUACAUAAUUCAGCUGGAACUCGCAUUAAUUUGAACAUUUGGAAAGAGAAAUCAGCCUCGCCGACAAUAUUGAUGCAUCUUGGUUAUGGAAUUGGAUCAUUUCUGACUCCGCUAUAUUCAAAUCCUUUUCUCGGCACUGAAAUUCAGAAGGGCAAUGACAGUUUUUUGACGUCAGGUAAUGACAGCUUUUCAAGGAAUUCAACAAUAGUUCUGCAAGAUUGUGAUGAAAGUGCAUGUCUUCAAAAUUCAAGAAUUGAAUAUGCAUUUGCUAUAUCAGCUAUUUCAACGACUAGCUUAUCUUUCAUAUUUAUCAUAUUUCAAUUAUUUGAAAACAAAGUAAUAAAUCAAUUUAGCAUUGAUCGAAAAAUAAUGACAAGUACUAAAACAAGAGAGAGCAAAUCAUCGGAUCAAACAGAGAGAGAUGGAACUUCUUUAUCUGCAAACCAAACACAAAUUGAUAAAAGCAAUAAGUGUAGCAAAAUGCUUCAAAUGAUAAAUCCGGCAUCAUGCGCAAAAGGACGGUUUUGGUACGGAUCGAGCAUAAUAUUUUUUUCGUGUCUUUAUUUCAUGAACGCUGGAGGUGCACAAAGGUUUUUAUCACAAUUCAUACGAAGUUUUUCUAUCGAUCAACUAAAUUUUUCAAAAACUGACGGAUCUCUUUUGAACACUAGUUUUUGGAUAAGUUUCUCUUGUGGUCGCUUUAUAUUUUUUAUAUUAGCAAGAUUUCUGUCUGUUAGAAUUCUUAUUGUCCUAGAAACAGGUGGCGUGUUGUUGUCAUCUAUUUUAUUGGCGAUAUUUGCUAAUUCAAAUUCAACAGCGCUUUGGGUUCUUAUUCAGCCAAUAGCAUUUUUCAUUGGACCAAUGUGGCCAACAGGUGUGUCAUGGACAGAUUAUCAUAUUGAAUUAACGGGUAUGGGAAUGGCUUCACAAAUGCUCGGAGCUUCUGUUGGGUUUUUAUUCUAUUUAAGCUUAAUAGGCUAUUUGUAUGAUAAUAUUGGUCCACACUCUUUCGUGUAUCAGGCCGCAGGGACUGCUUUAUUUGGAUUUGUUAUCGCCGUAACUUUAGAUAUAAUUGGUUCAAGACAUGGGAGUAGAUUUGAAUCAGAACCUGUGGUUUGUACAGUUUAUAAAGAAGAAAACAAAGAAACUUAAAACAGCAACUGGUGAAACACUGUCUCUGAGCAAUGAACUGCAGUUGUAAUAUUAGAAAUGAUAAAUACACAUAUUAACAUUC